CCGCCGCUGCCCCCUGGCCCCUGCGCCCCUUGGUAGUUGUGCAUAUAUCCUCGCCAGUUGGCGCUACUUUCUAUGUUUAAGGUAUUUAUCUCCCGAGGGAAAACUUCGCUAAAAUAGAUGGCACCACUUUGUACGUGUACGACAAACAAAAAGUGACGAGGUGGCCUCCAGUGGCGAAGGUCGGAUUCGAACCAGCGUCUUUAGCUGACCGGGGCGUCUUUAGCCAGUUAACGUCAUGAACCCCUAGGCCACCCCGUCACGGUGAAACUGGUCCUAAUUUCUCGACUAUAUAUGCAAUCGUAGUGAGACUAGGCGUUAUGUGAAAUUCGCAUGUAUCGAUGCCAAUUUCCUAUAGCUCGUUGAGCAAUAAUGUAAAUGACUACAUUUGACCUCGCUCGACAAAGAUGAUUCAGUUUGCACCGAAAGUUGAGAGUUCAUGAGAACCGUUUCACACGUUUCUUUACCACAUGCGCCCCGCCCGUCUACACCCCACCCCUCCACUGAAUUUUUCUGCUAUAAAAGAGCAUGUUGAACCAUAUUCCCACUACAGUGUCACAACGAAUAUUGCGUUGAAAUCAUGGAUCCGCAAGCUUCAUCACAUACCAAAUCCGACAACAAUACCAUCACCACUUGGUGCUGCCAGUGCUGGUUGUCCACCACCACAAGCGGCGGCGGCGGCUGUGACGGUGGCUGUAGCAGCUCCACUUCGCAAUCGUCACCCGGACCACAACCGAUGGCAACAGCAAAGGCACUGUUAAAACAAGACGAUGGGGACAAGGGAAAAACAAACUGCCUAGAGAGCGCUUCUGAGAGCGAUACGAGCGAUGAAAUGAAAUCUUUUUAUCAAGGAUGUAAAAGCAAGUGGAUAAAAGCGUUCCAGAACAAUACUCUGAUUAAUAGAUGGCGCCUCCCCAUGCCAUUUCACACAUUUAGAGCGGAAGUAGCGAGAUUGUUAAAACGAUUGUAUAUCGAAGGUCACCAUGACGAUUGUCAUAUUUACCAGUUAAUUGUAAUGUGGGACGAUUUAAACGAUGACGUAGAAGAGAUAGUGGGAGAUGCUCAAAUCAACUAUCAAGACUGGAUUGCGUUAUUAGGUGGCGUUACAGCGGAACUAUUUUCACGCGUGGUGUUCAAUACUAAAUCUUUUAAUUAUUUAAUCAAUGUAAUAUUUUGUGUGCUAGGUCCAAACAUAAUAGCUUCCGGUGAUUAUGAAUGUGAACCUAAAUGUAAGAAUGCUCGUACAUAUUAAGGUGAUGAUGCAUUUAUUCCUUGUCAUUGUUUAAUUUUAAAUUGUUAGCUCGCUGCGAAUGUAAAUGUUUUAAUGUACACGUAUUAAUAAUAAAUUCAUAUUACUGAAUA